CUAGGUUUGUUUUUUGCAGCCACUAGCGAACCUUUACCGAUCCGGCCCACGAGCUUCCAAGUCGAGGAUUUAAGUCGGAGACCUAAGGUCACUCUGAGUCGCCAGAACAGCAGACAGAGCGUCAAGAGUUUGAUCGAAAGCAUCGAAAAUGCCGGUAAACCUGUGACGAAAACGAUUAGCUUGAACUCGGUGUCUCGGAGCAGUUCGGCUUCGAGUAUCAACUCGAUGACGUCGGACGCCAGGAGUCCGUCCAGUCCCCUGGGGGUGCCGUCGUUGUCUGCAGGGUCGCCGCUGCGCGGGGACUGGAGCGAGCCGAUCAAGACGCCUCUGAAAGAACAACAACCCAACAAAAUCAACAGAGACUGGAGCAAGACUGUCAUAUCAGACUCCUUGACGAAGAGCGACCUAGUGAAGAAGCCCGAGGACGGGUUCAAGGAGUCGCUUCUUCAAAAAGGUUUGGAUUUUUCGCGCCGAAAUAGCUACUCGGAUUUAAGUGAGCGGAAGGACCCUUUGAACGGUUUGGUGAAAAAUGGGGGCUCCAAGCGCAACGCCUUGCUCAAGUGGUGCCAGAAUAAGACAGUCGGGUAUCGAAAUAUAGAUAUCACGAAUUUUAGUAGUUCGUGGAACGACGGGCUGGCCCUUUGUGCCCUUUUACACACUUACCUUCCGGACCGCAUCCCUUACGACAGUCUGACGGCGCAGGAGAAGCGGCGCAAUUUUUCACUGGCGUUUGGGGCCGCUGAAAGUGUAGGGAUUCCGACCACUUUGAAUAUCAACGACAUGAUACAACUAGAGCGCCCCGACUGGCAACAAGUCAUGGGCUACGUGACUGCGAUCUAUAAACACUUCGAGACUUAAACUCUGUGAUAUGCAGAUUGUGGCUUAUUUAGGUUACCAAAGACGGGGCACGAAUUUUGGAAUUAUUUGCUUUUACUAAUGAGGAAGAAGUUAUUUUAUAUAAUAUUUACUCACGUUUUAUGUCUAGUCACGAGGUUUUACUACAUUGGUCACGGGAGUGACGUCACUGUCAAUACGUCACGUAUUGAGAAGUAACAAGACUGUUUAGUCGUAAUUUAAGUUAGCGUUUCGAGGACUUAAGCUUAGGUUAAGGUUUAGUUACUCAGUUGCCAAUUGUUGUUUGUAAAGUUAUUUUGUAUUUGUUUGUGGAAAAUAAAAUUAUUUAAACUCGAUUACAAAAA